AUGAAGACCAAGGGCACUAGAGAUCUUGAAUCGAGUUUGAAAUGGCCCCUUCGCCCAAUUCUAACGUCCCUCAAUGGGGAUAAUUCAUGGCUCUUCAGCUUUCCACGACCGACAAAUGAUGGACACAACCAAUAUUUUUACCAUAUUGCGUUCGAGCCGUGGCUAGUUGGCCCGACGGCUGGACUUCCAGAGUGGCUGGCAUUCAUCACACUAUCUCAGGAGCCCGCGAUUGCCAGCGGAGAUGCUGUGCAGAAUGCAGCAACUGAGAUUGAACGAAUAGCAGCCGAGUUGGCAAGGACAAACGGCAGUGGCGUGAGAGCUGCCCAGAAUAAGGGGAUUGAUGAAUACAGUGGCGCAGUCGAUGCCAUAGUUAUCCUAUUCGACGGACCAGAUCACUGUCAUCGUCCGACGCUGGAGACUUUCGACAAACGUAUCCCGCUGGUUGCGUCUAAGGAAGCUGCAGCUGUGGUAAAGGCGUGGAAUUACUUUGAUGACGUCUCAACAAUCCACGAGCCGGAUAUGUCCGCGGAAACAUGGCAGGCCGACAAACCCCAUUCAUCACCACUCCCGUCAUGGCUGACAACUUUCAAGUUGUCGGGUGAAGGGUUCCUGAACUUUGUCGGAGUCUUCAUCUGGUCGCAAACCUUGGACACAGGAGAGCAGGUCCAUGAGGUUAUUCUGGACUCGCCACAUGGAACCGAAACCUCGGACUUGGAAGAUUCUCCAAUCCAGAACUUCCUCCGCAUGGCGCCUGCAAUCACGCCACUUGCUAUUCUGCAUGGCCUAAAAGAGUCUUUCGCCACUCGCUGGUGGCGUACUACCCAUGGUGCAGAAGCUGGUUUGAAACUGUACCGCAAGUCAGGAAGCAAGUACUGGAUACUGAGCCAUGAUCUGGAGCUAGAAUAUAGCGGAUUGAUGCUGAGGGCAUUGGUGUUUGAUAUUAGGCGCACACUGGAUUGGGCACUAAGUCGCGAAAAAGGAGCGACUGAGGCUGAGGAUGUAAAUUUUGUGGAUGUGGGUAACGGGAACUCUUUUGUCUUGGUGUAG